AUCUGUUCUUUCACAAUUCGUAGCGAGACGUUAGCCGUUGCGUGUGCGUUCGUGUUAGUUCAACGGAUGACAACGGAAGUUGAUUUACUUACGAGUUAAAAAAAUCGUCUAGAAGAGGAACCAUGAACAACGAUACUCUUCCACUGUACCCUGGGCCACCUGGCCAUGUAUCGCAUCUUCCACUACAGAAGAUUAAUGACACGCCUUCUGAUUCUUCGACUGUCACUGCUGUUGCUCCAUCUCCAAUGUUCACUAAAAUGACAUUACUGUUGGGUCCGGAAAACGCGGUGACAACUUGUCCUUUCUGCCAAGCCUCGGUGCGCACCAACAUAAAACACACGACUACAACCCGUACACAUAUUACAGCUGUGCUGUGUUCCUUCAUAUGUUGCUGUUGCUGUAUCCCAUACUGCUGUGACUCUGCGAAGAACACUGACCACUACUGCCCCAGCUGCCUUAAAUACAUUGGCACUUAUGAGAAGUAAUCGCGAUAGUCUCAUUCAACAAAAAUAUAGAUAGUUUAUUUGGUAGUUUUUUUAUAAGUUACCAAACGUAAAAUAAUUUUAAUUUUUCCUUUUUAAAUUAGGAAUUUUUUGUCAUUUGUAGUCAUAGUUUAUAUGCAUUUGUUUUUUGGCUAUUAAAAUAAGUUUUUGUGUUGUAAACAGGUACAAUGUAAAUGCUCUAAUACAAAGAUUGAAUAAGUUCCUAUCAUUUUUUGUAAUGUGUAAUCAAUGAUACUAAUAUAAAAUUUAAAUAACGUGGAAGUGUCAAUUUUCUUUAUUAUAAUUAAAUGCGAAAGUAUGAAUGAUUUUCUGUAUUUGUAGUUUCAUAAGAUUAUAGAAUUGUCCAUGGCCAUAUUAAAACUUCCAAGUAUAAACACACACACACAAUCUCACAGUUUAUGAACUUUGAAAAAUGAUAGCAAUAAUAUGACAAAGCGUUUAGAAAAUGUGUUUUUUUCGAAAAAUACUAAAGGUAGGUAUGCCGUGAAUUUCUAAUUCUACACAUGUAAAGUAACUUGUCUUCAAAUAAACGCAUUUUAAACGUAAUGUUUACUUCUAGAUAAGUCGAUAAGUCUUUGUGGCUUAGCAUGCACUGCGAAAUAUUGCGGCUCAGAAUUCACAGAAUGAAAUAUAUAUAUUGCCCACGAUAAUCUUUAACAAACAAAUCUGCGUUUCACAGAUUUACCCGGCGCGGCGUAAUUAAAUUUCUCGCGAAUAUUUUGCAGUAUAAAGGUUCUUCUGACCAUAUUGGUAAUAUUGUCUGUUACUUAAAAACCGACAAAUAUCGCUAGUAAUUUUAUUCAUCGCGCGUGUAAAACCGCCAAAACAAACACCGCGUGGCCAUAUUUCGCAGUGAGAGUUUCACCUCACGUUUAAAUUAGUAUAAGUAAGAAUAUCUUUUGGAAUUCUCUUCAUCUUUUGUAAUAAUAUCAUAAUUAUAAUAAAAACUUAUAUGAAAUAAGUUAAGACAAGUGUAAACACGCAUCAAGGGUACAUUGGUGUGUAUUUUUAAUUUACAAUAUAAAUUUUAUAGAAGUGUU